GUCUUGCCAAUAACAACACAUUUCAGGGCUUUGUCAAUAGAUGUUAUUUAUAAAUAUGGCAUCUUCUUUCCAAGGUGGUGCAAUUAUACGUGGUUCCUCGUGGUUUCAGAAAAAAAUUAAUUUGAGACCUUUGGAACGAGGUUGCCAUAUUAUUACAGAAGAAGUUAUUAAACAAUUACCAGAAAUUUCGCAGUUUGUUGUAGGAUUUCUUCAUGUUCAAAUUAUGCACACUUCAGCAAGCCUAGCACUCAAUGAGAACUGGGAUCCUGAUGUGAGGAAAGAUGUUGAGAUGUUUCUUUCCAGGUUAGUUCCAGAGAGCAUGCCUUUCAGACAUUCUUGUGAAGGUCCUGAUGACAUGCCAGCUCACAUCAAAUCCUGUUUUAUGGGCUCUAGCUUAACCAUUCCUAUAACUAAAGGAUCAUUGAAUAUUGGCACUUGGCAAGGAAUAUGGCUCUGUGAACAUCGAGAUAGAGCAGGUUCCAGGAGACUUUUGGUAACUAUUCAUGGAGCUGAGAGUGAAUGAAGACACAUGUUUUUAUGUGACUGUUGAAAUUGUUUUGAAGAGGAAUUCUAAUUUUUUCGUAGGUACUUCAGUUUGAGGAAAAAGGGUUGUUAUGGUUUUUGUUUUAUUUUUUCAUCAGUUUACUUUGUUUAACAAACAAUUUCUGACUUAACCAGAGAAACAUACAGUAGUUUGCUUAGUGAGUGAGCCCACCCUCCCCCCCAAAAAAAUAAAAUAAAAAUUCUGGAAAAUGUGGAAGAGCAUAAGCAAAUUACAGAGAUAGGUAGAGCUUGAUAUGUGGCUUUUGGGCAACAAUCUCUUCUAAAAAAUGAGCAUACCUUGCCCCCAUAAUUACAGUCACAGGUAGUUAAUCAUGGUCGCAUCCACACUUACUGCAGUGGUACCAUUCCAAGCAUUUUGUGACAUUGAACUUGCCUGUUAGUUUCGAAAAUGAUGCUUAUGACAUUUAUAUGGAAUUUGUAAUGAUUGGUUUAAAUGUUUUUGAAGAAAAAUCUAUUCUCAGUGAAAUUGUACAAGAACAAUUGAUAACCAAAAGCCAAUUUUCAGCAAAAAAUCACUCCCAUUAACCCUGCAUAGGUCACUAUAGCUUCAUAAGAGCUUCUUCUCUUUCAGAAUUGCCUUACACCAUUCAAGUCAUCUUAAAAUAAGCUGUAUUUGGACAAACUUGCAGGAAAAAUAACUAUCCCAGAUUAAACUGGCUGGGAGUGAUUUAGCAAACAAGAUCUGGCUAAGUCAGAGAUCGCUUGUUAAAUAUAUGUUUUCUAGUAGUUUUCUUUCCAUUCUAAUAACAUGGAUAUGUUAAUUAGGGAACAUACACUUUCCUAUUCUCAAAAAUGUUAAAGUCAGGACUGUUAUAUCCUUGCAUGUUAUAGUCAAUAGGUUCACAUUUCUAAAAUCUAUACAUUUAAAUAGUACAGAAAUAAUUUUACUCUAAACUUUUCAGAUGAAAGGUACAGCUAUGUAUAUAAUCAUUAAAAGAGGUUAUUAAUUUAAUGUUUGAAUGAAUAUCAACAGUUAUUAAAUAAAGUGUUUAUAAGGUGGGAGGAGUACGUAUAAACAAUUAUUAAAAUAAACAUGAACUUGCAUGUUAUAUUACGUUCUAUCACAUUUCUAAAAUUGUAUAAUAUUUAUCUAUUACAAAAAUAAUUUUAUUAUAAAUUUUAACAUAUUUUUGAGAUGAAAGGUGCUGUUAUGUAUUAUUGUGAAAAGUAUUUUCUUAUUUUCAUAUUUGAUAGAAUAUCAACCAUCAUUAAAUAUAGUUUGUAUUGGUAAAGUUAAAGUAAAACUGAAAGUAAUUAACACUAUAUUAAAUAGGAUAUAAUUUGUUUAUUUAUGUAUAUUAUUAAAAGAUGUAAAAAAAACAUUAUUUUUGUGGUAACUAAUGUACUGUGUUUGCAUUCCACGCGUAAAAAACGUUGAAAAACUUAAAUUAACUUUGUUAAUAACGUUUCAAGGGUGAUAGAAGUAUUUUUCAUUGAGAGAGAAAUGAGAAAGUUCAAAUAUGAGUAACGUUUGAUGUAUAUGUAUAUAUAUAUAUACACACACACACACACACACACACACACAC